CGCGGCACUUAUAAAUUAUUCAUUCGGUUGCAGGGGACCAUCCGGAAACGGACGAGGAGAGCGAGUUGAACGCGCGGAAUCGGCUCCACAAUCAUCACCGGCAUCAUCAUCAUCAUCAUCGGCCCUCGUCGAAACCGGGCAGCGAGGACGAGUUCGCGGAGGACGAGUUAUCGGUCGGUGAACCGUCCGAGGCGAGGAUGCUCACCUCGACGGGCCCGAGCUGGGGCACUUGUCCAGCCGGUGGCAGGCCACCGCGAGAGAGGCGAGGGAAAAGCCCGAGAAGUCUGGACAGGCACAGGAGAGACAAGAAUCACGAUGUGGGCGAGUUCCACGAGGGGAUGCUGCUCGACGCGCUGCUUCAACUUUAUCCAAGCGUCGCGGGUGUGGCUGGGACCCGAUCGAAUGGCAAUCAACGACAACAGUCCGUCCCGUCAGUGGCCCACAGAUUACCUUAUUUCGUGCCACCGAUGCCAGCCACGCAGGCUCUCAGGGUCGAGGAGAACCCGUACGAGAGCGUGCCGGUACUCGGCCCUCUCCAUCAUUAUUCGAGUCAAAGCAGAAGCAAUAAAGAGAGGUGCCGCAAGUCAAACGACAAAUACAAAUACACCGCGCAAUACGGGGCCGAGUAUUACGGGUUGCAAAACCAGGACACUGCCCCUGUGUACACCCAAGUAGGUAGCGAAUACUCGGACACCUACUCGCAGCCGACCGACCGCCUCUACAACGAGGACAAGUACACGCAGCCGGUUUACUACGCGCCACGCGACACCGAGCAAAUUACUUCCGGCAGAUUGUAUCAAGGUCAGCCGGACAGCAGUUUCGGGAGCGACAGCGGGUACAGCCAUCACACUUCCGGUACCACCGGGACAACCGGAACGCGCAGCAGCAACUCGAGGACGAAUCACAGGAAGGACAAGCAUCGAAAUUCUCAUCACUCCCAUCAUUCCGCGGACUACAUCGUAUCUUAAUGGGAUAGUCGCGUGGAUCGAGGCAAAAAAAAAAAAAAAAAAAA